UUCUCUUCAUCAGUAACCCAGCAGAAGAACCAAGACACAAGUUUGCCUCAUGUUAUACUUGCAAACGAGCUCCUUGAGCAUGGAGAUGAGCUACACCUUCCUCGUUUACCAUCUCAAAAUUUUGAGCCGCCGAAAGCAUGGGGACACCGCGACGAGCCUAUAACCGAUCCUGCCAAGCUGCCUGAAGGAUGGUCUUCAAGCGAGACAGAUCUCGCCCAGCAUGAUAUCCUCGGCCAAAUUGAAAGAUGCCACAGGCGUAUUGAUGAGAAUAUCAUGCCUGCCAUUUUUGAGGGCAGAUUGAAGAUAUAUCAAAAGAUGAAGCAGCAACAGACAGAUAUGAUCAACUCUGAGCCUGAGGGUCUUAGCUGGGAAGUUGUUCAACGCCUUGAUUGUCUGAAGGGAGUCAAAAAAAGCUUCGACGAGCUAGGAAACGACAAUGGCAAUACUCCGAACUUGAUGGCCAUCAUGGAUGCCUACCGGUCUGGGGACCUUGUCUGGGGUAAAGAUACAGUCACUUACUGGGCACACGGGAAAAUGGUUGCCGGUCCUAAGAAAAUGGAUAUGGAGGAAUUCUACACUCUAAGUAGUGAGCUUGGCCCACAUGGCAUUUGGGUGGAAGGACUGAACGACUACAAGCCGGAGCCGUUAUGCCUGUUCUACAGCAUGCGCCAAACUAACACGCGUUUCCACAUGCAUGAUAUUGUGAUAUCGCUCCGGAAUCCUAAUACUAGGAGCACAAACACAUGGAAACAAACUAUGCACCUCUCUUUUUUGGAGGAUACUGGAGCCGUGACAAUGAUGUUUUACCAAAUGGACAGAAUUGAUCUUGAAAAACUGAGUGGCGCCCCCCUGCCUUCCUAUGGUGCAGUAACAGCGGGGACAGUGGGUGGUUGUAUCCAGGUGGAUAAUGUGGUAGUACAAGCCAAUAUCCUCGUCAAUGGCCAGCCCAUGCUCCCUCGAUGGACUGACGUUCUUGUCGGUAUACGUCGUGAACCUCCCAAUACUGCCCCGACGGGUUUUCGGCUGUCUGGUAUCUGGAUUCACCAUAUGCUAUAUUGUCUGACUAUGCCCGAUAACACUGGCAGGAUGCACGUUGGAAAUAAUCUGGCCGAAAUUUUGGGGAAUGUACCCCCUUGCAAUCCAGCAUGGGCGACACCAGCACCCACAUCCCUCCAGGGCGCUCAUCCUAUAUGA